AUGGCCAAUGUGGGGGCUACUCAACGUCAGAUAGCCAGAACCUUCAACUGCUCCCAGACCACCAUCAGCAAGUUGAUAAUCCGCUACCAACAGACAGGACAGACUCAAGACCGGCCAAGAUCGGGAAGACCGAGAGUGACAACACCGACCGACGACCGCUACAUCCGGCAGAUUCACCUCCGAAACAGACCUGUGACGGCGACGUCAACGGCGGAGACAGCACUAGGGCAUGUCAUCAGCAGGCGAACAGUCCUUCGACGACUUCGUACGGCUGGUAUACGAGCCUACCGACCCUUCCGUGGAAUGGCCUUGACCCGUCUACACUGUCAACGCAGACUGCAAUGCGCACGAACUGUCCGAGCAGGCGUCUGUGCAUUCAACAUUUGUGAAGGGAGGAGAUGCCUGGAGACUCGUGCUGGAAAGACUGCCUGUGUCAAAGGAGGACAUAAUCAGGCACAACGACAGACCACUGUUAUCACUACUCUCAUCGAUGCCUGCACCGUUGGAGACCUGCCUAAAGUAAAAUACAUAUUGUCUCAAGAUAUUGCAAACAUCAAUAAAAGUGGGAAGAAAGGUAUGACACCAGCGAUGAUAGCAGCACAGAAAGGACACAGAGAGAUACUUGAAUUACUUGUGAAGAAAGGUGCUGAUCUGUGUCUAUUAGAUGAUGAUGACAACAGUAUCUUACAUGUGGCCUCUAAAGAAGGAAACUUGGAGAUAGUGAAGUAUAUCCACUCACAGAACAUCAUUGACAUUGAAAGUAGAGGGGACUACGGGAAUACACCAGUGAUGUUAGCUGCACUAUAUAGACAGAUGGAAGUGUUUUUCUUUCUUGUGAACAUGGGAGCUCAUCUAUCAAAAUUGGAUGAGGACGGUGAGAAUAUCCUUCAUCUUUCCAGUCGAGGAGGCGAUGCAAAGAUAGUGAAUUGUGUCCUCAAACGAAACGUUGUUGACAUAAACAGUAAAGGGGAUGACGGGGUGACACCAUUGUUGCUGGCAGCAUAUAUUAGGAGAAGAAAAGUGUUUUACCUUCUCAUAGAGAGAGGAGCUAAUACAUCAGCAGUGGAUUGUGAUAAUGAAAAUAUCCUCCAUUAUUCCAGUCGAGGAGGAGAUGUAGAGAUAGUGAAUUAUGUCCUCACACACAAAAUUGUCGAUAUAAACAGUAGAACGAACGCCUUGCAGACACCAGUGUUUGUGGCAGCGAUGUCAGGGAGGACCAAAGUGUUUCAGUUAUUGAUAAAAAGAGGAGCUGAUAUCGCAAAAACACAUGACAGUACGAAACUCCUUAAAUAUGCCUGUAAAAGUGGAGCUGCUGAUAUAGUGAAGUGUGUCCUCAACCUAACCAAGGUGGACAUCAACUGUGAUUUGUCGGAUGGGGCCACACCAUUGCUGUAUGUAGCACUCUUGGGGCACACUGAAGUGUUUAAAUUACUGGUAAGGAAAGGAGCCGAUGUGACAAAGGUAGAUGAUUAUAAGGAAAAUAUCCUUCAUCGUUCCUGUAAAAAAGGAAAUUUGGAGAUCGUGAGAUAUGUCCUCACACAAAACAUGGUUGACAUCAACAGUAAACAAGGCAAAGGGAUGACAGCGGUGUUACUUGCAGCACAAUCGGGGAUAAGGGAUGUGUUUGACUUACUGACCGAGAGAGGAGCUGAUCUGUCAGUAGUAAAUACUAAUGGGGAAAACGUCCUUCAUUUGGCCUGUGACGGAGAAGAUAAAGAGAUAGUGAAGUAUGUCCUCACGCAAAACAUUGUGGACAUAAACAGUAAACAAAAUGAAGGGAUGACAGCGGUGUUACUUGCAGCACAAUCGGGGACAAGAGAUGUGUUUGACUUGCUGACGGAGAGAGGAGCUGAUUUUUCGGUAGUAAAUACUGAUGGGGAAAACGUCCUUCAUUUGGCCUGUCGAGAAGGAAAUGAGGACAUUGUGAAAUAUGUGUUGUCACAUGGCAUGGUAGAUAUAACUGCCAUAAAUAAGAAGAAAUUAAAUGCGGCCAUGAUAGCUAGGAAACACGGUUACUUAUCAAUAACAAAACUACUGUCAAAAGUCUCUCAAGGGAAGUAA